AUGAUGGAUGUGAUAAAUCUGGACAGUGUUAUUAUUCGAUUAUCCAACUUUCCAUUGGAUUGUUCGCCUAGUCAGGAUGUUUUUAAUGAGCUCGAUGGUCUAUUCUCACACUUGGAGAACUGUUGUCGCGCGGAAAUUGAGGAAUGCAGGUGGGUUUCGACAUUUUUUUGAUUAUUCUCGAUUUUAGGGCUAAACAGCAAUAUUUUUUGAUUUUUCCGGUUAAAAAAUAGUCAUGUAAAAUUCGCACAACUGUAGUUUUUCUCUUCUGACUAUUGAUUGACAGCUUUGGGUUUAUUUUUUUCUAAAUAUUGGCGUUCUUCGGACACCUUAUGGAGAACCUAAAUUAUUCAAAGAUGUAUAACACCCUUUUAAAAACCUGUAUUCAGGCUUCCUCGAUACCUUGAGCUGACAUGCGACUCCAAAUUGAUAUUUAUGCGGGUAUUGAGCUUGCGAAAAGCAUUGGAGUCAGGCAUUCAACUUGAUCUGGACGAAAAAUACAACGAAACGCAUAGUGCAAUAUGGAAGGUACUAAAAAUGAGCUUCGAAGAGGACAUCAGACGAGUGGAAGCUAGUCUAGGUAUGGUUUUGUUUUAUUUUUCGGGCUUUAGAAGUAUAUUUUUUCUACCAUCAAUCUUGGCUAUGGAUAAUAUAAUUUCCCUCCAAAUUUUAGGUCUUGUUGGUGCCGUUGGAGAGUUGUUAAUUUUAUAUGUGAACGUAUACAAUAUCCGCCGAGAAAAGGCCUAUACCGAUACGAUUCGGGCCAUUGGCAAUUUGCUGACGAACCUGACCUUUGGAAAUAGCCAAAGUAAAAAAAGAUUAUGUGCUCAUUAUGGAUUUUUGGAGACUGUGACUCAGGUUAUCGAUGAAAUUCCGGAAAUGACUCAGGUAUUAAUGUGUGGAGUGCUUCAUAAACACUUUUGUUUUGUGAUUUGUGUUUCAGCAUUAAAAAAUUUUUGUGUUCACUUGUUUUGCUUGAAUUUCCCGUGUCAUUUUGCUGCUGAUUGCUUAUUUACCGCCUUCGCCACAUUUCUCUCCUCGUUCUUGUUUUGCUUUCCCUUUCUAUUCUCAGAAACGUAAUCCAAUCGAAUCCUAUUUUGCAGGCAUAUGGCGCGCUUAUUCGAAAUCUGUCCUGGAAUGCGGACAUGGGGAUGAUGUUGGCCCUUCAAAAAACGGUGCAGCCUUUGGCCAUGGCCUCAGUCAAACUCUAUAAACAAAAACUUGACCGAAAUUCUCAUGAAGAACAAAAGUGUUUACACUCGACUUUUGCCGCGCUCUGGAAUCUGGCCGGACAUUCGACCGAAAAUAAGCGAGCGAUCUGCGAAACGCCACUUUUUAUCCCAUAUCUUGUCGCCCAACUCAACACCGAGCCCGAAGCCACAGCCUUUGUUGAAAAUGCCUCAGGCGUCUUGAAAUACAUCGCGGCAAUCAUUGCCACCUCGCCGCAUUUAUUGAAAAUAGCGCAUGAAGCGAAAAUUGUCCGUCAUCUCAUCGAUCUCCUCAACUCGAGCUCAUUUACUGUGAUUAUUAACGCCCUGGGCGCACUGUGUCAUCUAGUCGCGAGGGAUGAAAAAACACAAAUGAGAAUUUUCAACAGCGAACAGGCAGGUGUAAUAUUGGAGAGUUUGAAGAAUUCCGCGAGAGAGGACGUCAGAAACGCGGUGAAAACGGUCUUAACCCACUUGAACAGCAGUCAUAUAGCCGCGUAUGCAAUGACAAUGCCGAAUUCGAGGAACGGAAGAAGCGGAUAUUUCAAUAGCCUAAGGGGAAUGAGCUCAUCCUAUGGGCCAGACGAUCCUCAACGAUCGCUCUUGCAGAGGCGAACACAACAUCAUCAAUCCACGUUGCCAAGAAAAACGGAUUUUUAUACAUUAAGAGCACGAGAAAACAGCCCCAAGCUUGCAACACCACCUGUAAAUAUGGCACCGAGUAUUGCGCAGAUUGACCAAACAAAUCCGGCAGCCGAACCGGAGAUUGUGCUGCAAGCUGGCCUAGGGUUUAGCGACAGCACUUUGGCCACUAGAAAUGGAAGUUUUCAAUCCAUUUCGGGCGAUGUCCCCUCGAAUUGGAAGAGUAAUAUGACGACGACUAGAAACAGUGGAAACCAAUCACCCUCAUCGCCGUCAGAUCUGCCAGACAGUCCAAGUCACUAUUCCAAAUUCAGCGACGAUGAGAGCCAAUUCUUUGAGCAAAAGAAGGAGGAGAAAGUGGAGAAGAAAGAGAAGAAAUUACUGCAAUCAGCGAUCGCUUCAGCGUUGCCAAAGCCCAGCAGGCUGAGGGAGAAGCAGGAGAAUAAUCUUGGGAAGAGCUCAGGUAAGAAGAGAAGUUCUUUGGAGCUUAGAAAUUGUUGUUAAAGUGAAGCGAUUAAUGUGUUAUACUCUGUGAAUGCAAUUCUAGAUUCUGGAGAGAGAAUUCUGGAUAAAUGUAUUGCAAGAGUCAUCCCGAAACCAAAGAGAAAUCGGAAUCCCGUGGAAGGAAUGCCCAGCGAUCAAAUGAAAAAGUAAUUGCACUUUCGAACUGACGAUCUUCCCUUAUUUUUUUCAAGGACAAUAGCUCAAGUACACUUUUCAGUAGCUCCAUCCUAGUGCAUCCAAACACCACCGAAAAACUUCGAGACGCGUCUAAUCUGGAGCCUCCGGAUGAGUCAAACGAGUUUGACAAUAUUUCUGAAGACAAUUUCAAUUUGGUUGACUUGCCCAACACGUCGUUUCAUCAACUGCCAUCUGACAUUGAUGUUGAGUUGAGUGCGGAGAGAUUGGUUAUUGAUUGCUCGAGUAUUUCGUUGAAACCAGUGAAAAAUGGAACGCAGAAAAGGUAUGGUUUAAGGGUAUUCAAGAGGAUUAUGGUGUAUGGAGCCUAGGCAUGCAAAGGCCGUCUCGAACGGUCGAUUUCAGCGAUCUUCGGAGAGUUUUUUUGGGCUCAAAUCCUAAGUGGAGAUUGCUGAAAUUAUCUAUUAUAGAGAGGCUUUGUUGUAUAUAUUCAACGCUCGAAUAAGACUGAUCUUUCAGCAGCUACGCAUAUGGCCGAAUUCCUGAGCCCAAACGUCUGACCACCGGCCAGAAAUCGGCGGCUCGAGUUCCCCCAUUCAAUUACAAGUUCCCUCCUCAAAAGACGCUGGACAAAGCCCCCAAACCGAAAAUGAACACAAAAUUCGGAGAGUUCACUCUGACUGAUUUGUAA